AUGACCUACGAGCAUGUCGAUGCUCUUGGUGUUUUGCCACUUGAAUGGUGGAGGAAGUGGGAGGCGCGACGACUGAAAUUUACUAAGGAUGGUAGGCCAAUAAACCGCAACCCUUCCCGAUCUUGGGACGAUCGAUUUGAGGAUAGCGUGCAACAACCUAGGCGAGAUAGUGAUAUACCGCCAUUUGAUGCAAGGGAGAAGGAAGCUUUCUUCGAUAUGCUAAGGCCGAUGUUCUCAUUCAGACCUGAGAAUCGCCCUACUACUAAACAAAUUCUCGAUUCAGAAUGGAUGCUAAAAUGGGCUCUGCCUGAAUAUGGCAAGAUCCAAGAUAAUAUAUGA